AUGAGAAUCAGUAUUUUAAAAUAUGUUAUUUUUUCAAUUAUUAUUUGUUUUUUUGAAUAUGCCCCAAAUGAACUAUACUUUGUAAACGAUAGAGAUAUAUACCUUGAAAGGGAUGUAAUAAACUUUAGAAAUAAUAGGAUAUUAGCAGAUGUAGAUAACCGAUUCGAUUUAAAUAGUUUUUAUCAAUCAACUUUGAGUCUUGCAAAUCAACUUAAUGACUACAAUGAUGAUGACGAAGAAAUUAUAUAUAUUCGAAAUGCUAUAAAUUCACAUAUAAAGAAGCAUAAAGAAAGUAAUACACUACCCGAUUUAAAUAAUGUAGAUAAAAAAACUAAAAAGUUAAUUAAUGAACUUCGGACAGAAUUAGAAGAAGUAAAAAAAGAGCUUGAUAAUAAAAGGAAUAGCGAAAUAGCAAUACAACCGAUACAAGACAAAAGAAUAACAAAAAAAGAUGAAAAUAUUUCUGUAUCAGAAUAUGAAGACUUUAAUAAAUUGGAAAAUGAAGAAAAUCUCUUGGAGAGUGAAGAUGACAAUUUUGAAAAUGAAUAUAAUAAAAUUAAAUCAAGUAAUAAUUAUAAGAAAUUCAAAAUUAAUGGAAAGAUAAAAAAACAUGAAAAAAAACUAUUUAAGAAGAUGGUGAUAUUUAUGGUAUCCCAAUUUUUGAUAGUGGUAUCAGGGGCGUGGUACUUAGGAAUACUAUUUAUACCGUAUACGCUUUCUAUAAUUAAGAAAUGUUGGAAAUUAUUAAAUUUUCGCUUUAAAUUAAAAAAAGUACCAAGAUAA